AUGAUAUGGGGAGACGAGGUCGAGCAGGAGCUUAGGACUGAAGGAAUCAAGCAGUCGCAGGUCAUUCGGCACCUGAAAGCUUCUUUGUUCGACGCGCAAAUCCUUUCCCAACGAACACCUCAGCAAGAACUCUCACGAAGUCUCACCGAAAUGAGAAAAGUCGAGCUCAAGAACAGCUUACAGUCUUGCGGCGAGGAUGCUGACGAUUACCAACUGGAAACCCUGUCACUUUACUCCGACUACAUGGUCGCUAUGUCCUUUAUUUCAUUGCAAAGACCCAUGGAAGCCUUGGUUGACCCGUUCGCGACAACCGCGAGCUCUACAAAGCUUGGAACCCACCGGGAAACGUGCAAAUUCACGUUUCGUUGCCAUUACCGGACCAACUCCCAGACAGUGGCCGAGCGUGCUUCAGCCUUAAUCCAUCAUCUCUUCAAAUCACGCGCCGAUGGCCAGUCAAUCAUCGGGAAGAGAUAUCUAAUUUCUGAUGUUGGCGCUGGUUCCGCGGAUCAUCAAGUUUGGGAAGUGGUCGAGCAACAACCCCUACAACUACGGGAGGUUGGCAUUCCUGAGGAAGCCAAAACCGCCUGGUGCGGCGGAGCCUUUGUCAACCAAAUAGCUACUCAACAGAUCAUGAGGGAUAUUCGCGACAUCGACCGAGUACUGAGAGCAACACAGAGGAGCAAUGGACCCAGUGACCGACAGUCGUUUGAACUCAAGAUAGCUAAGAAGUUCGAGAAGGAGAAGCUACGAUUCGAAGGAAGAGAAACUAUCUACCUCCGGAUUUAG